CUGAUCUUCAAAGUGCUUCAUCAUCCUGUCGCCUGCCCACCGACCUAUUCUCCUGGAAAUGUGGUGUAAUCGCAUAAUACUGCGUCAGCUUCAUCGGCUAAAUCUCUCCAACUUAAAUGGAACCCUAACAACUUCCACACAGAGAGCCAUGUCGACCCUACCAAGGGUGUAUGUCACAAGGCAGAUCCCACCAGAGGGUCUGAGGAUCCUGCGUGAAUCUGGACAGGUCCAGUUUGAGCUGUGGGACUCAGAUGAUGUCCCGGUGCCUCGGGAGGAGCUGCUCAAGAAGGUCAAAGGUGUUGACGGUCUCCUGUGUGUGCUGACGGAGAAGAUUGAUACAGAACUGUUAGAGACUGCAGGUCCAAACCUGAAAGUCCUUAGCACCAUGUCGGUGGGUUUUGACCAUCUGUCUCUGGAGGAACUGAAGACAAGAGGGAUUCGUGUAGGAUACACUCCUGAUGUUCUGACAGACUCUGUUGCUGAACUGACAGUAGCUUUGCUGCUCACAACAUCCAGGAGACUCAUAGAGGCAACACAUGAAGCCAAAACUGGUGGAUGGGGCACAUGGAGAACACUUUGGCUCUGUGGACAUGAGCUAGCCAACAGCACUGUGGGUAUUCUUGGCCUGGGGAGGAUUGGCGUUGCCAUUGCUGAGCGUCUCGCACCAUUCAAAGUAAAGAAGUUUAUUUACACAGACGUUGUCCCCAGACCCGAGCUGGCCAGUUUGAUCAAUGCGGAGUAUGUGUCUUUUGAAGAGCUGGCAGAGCAGUCAGAUUUCCUGUCUGUGUGCUGCGCUCUCACACCAGAAACAAAAGAGAUCUGCAACAAGAACCUGUUCUCCAAAAUGAAAAAUACUGCCAUUUUUAUCAAUACCAGCAGAGGUGGAGUAGUAAACCAAGAAGACCUGUAUGAGGCUCUGUCCACGGGACAAAUAGCAGGAGCCGGAUUAGACGUCACCGUCCCUGAGCCACUACCUACCACUCAUCCACUUUUCACACUGAAAAACUGCGUGAUUCUACCCCACAUUGCCAGUGCUUCCUACAGCACCCGUAACGCCAUGUCGUCCCUAGCAGCUAAUAAUCUCCUUCGUGGUCUGCGAGGUGAGCCAAUGAUCAAGGAGCUCAAGCUGUGACCUGUGAUUCCAAUGUGAUGACUGGCAACUAAAGGGCAGUAAUUGCACUUAUGUAGUUUGAAAGAAAAUAAAUUCAGUGUAGUGUUCCUUUCUGUGGUCUGUUAUUUAACAGAUGAAAUAAAAUUCAUUCUUUUUUCAGUAAAUACACAAGCAACAAAAUACAUUUCCUAUUUUUAUUUUGUCUAUACAACAAUUGAACAUACUGUACAUUCCUGCCUUGAGCACCAUUCAACAUUUAGUCUUACAUCAGGGUAACACUUUAAGUGUGCGUUGAAAAAUCCUUCAGAUUUUGCAUAAAAAGAAAAAGGCCUGCUUUUCAAGCUAGUGGGCGUUAAGGCAGUGACUCUGUGAAUCAAUAAACGCUCUUUACAAAGUU